AGUGGAACUGUCGUCUCUCGUCUCGUUAUGUAUUCGACCCACAAAUUAAAAGUAACGUUAUGCGCGUACAGAUCCGGUUUCUGUACAUUCUGCGUCUGUGUCUGUGCAUAAACCAACGAACUGCCUAUACACACUUAAAUUAUUGGGGGGGACAACUGGGGAGAAAAGAAUGAAGACUGACGAUGACGAUGAUGAUGUUACAUUAAACCUGUAACUCUACCAGGAAAUUAUUAGUAAAAAUGUGCCGCGUUUUGUUUGUUUUGUACUCGCAUUGUUUAAUUUUGUGAUCUAUUUAAAAAAUUAAGUUAUCGUGAUAACAAGAUAACGAGAUAAAGUUUAGGAAUGUAAUUGUGUUUAUUUUAUUAAAUCCAUAUAAAAAGGAGGAUAUAUAUUAUAAUAAAUACAAAAAUUCUGUUUUCUGACUCAUCAAAUUAGCAUGGAAGAGGUAUUGACGAGUUCCACACAAUCCUAGGUAAUCUUAAUCACAACAAAUUGUGCUGAUUACUCACAUCCUAUCAACUACUGGGGGUCAAGAGGCAUGUAAACAGUAGAUAACGACUUAACUACACUUUUCUUGAAAGAUACUAAAAAUACUCUUUCAUAUUAAAGGCGGAGAGAUGUGAACAUCCGCGCGCUAUAUAUUUUAAACUGAUAAAACUAAUUCGAAAUUUUGGUUUAUAAAGAAAAGUUAAGAUGUUUCGGUGUAUCAACUCCUACUCAAUCCUCUACAUACUAUUCGCUUUGUCCAUAGGGAUGUGCUACGGCUUUGUUUUGCUCUCUUCGGCAUCUGGUGAUUUCAGCGACGUAAAUAUUUUUGAAAAUGGACAAUCCUUAAGGUAUAAAUUGCAAUCGACUAUUUUACUGAAUGAAAGAAACCUCAGUGCUAAAAAUGUCGGAUUCUUUAUUGACGGAGAAGUUACCAUUGAUUCGAUAUGGACACAUGGAGAUCAGAAGCUGCUCAAAAUUGAGAUUAAAUCACCAAAACUUCAUAUCCGAUCCAGAAAAGCCCCAUCUCCGGAUGGAUUUAUUCCACAUUCUUCAAAAUUAGACAAUAUCGAAAACAAUCCUUUUUUUAUAGUAUGGAACAAAGGAAUAAUAGAAAACACCUUUAUAGCCAAGAAUGAACCAGUGUCUCUAAAGAAUAUUAAAAAAGGAAUUUCCAGCUUAUUCCAAUUUCAGCUUCUAGAUGGAGAGACUACAGAAACAGACUCUUCAGGGAAAUGUUCAGUUACCUAUACUUCUUCAUCACCAUCAACAUUUACGAAAACGAAAAAUCAAUGCGCCUCAGGAGAUUUUGAUUAUAUCAACAACCCCAACCACAUUUUAGGAGUCAAAAUCGACUCUACACGAACUGUAGAUUAUGAACUAGCUUCCAAUCCAUUUAUCAUCAAAUCGAUAAUUUUAAAAGAGAGUCACUCUGUUUUUUUGACAGCUAGAGAAGAAAUGGGUAAUCAUAUAGAGGCUCAAGAAACUUUGACUUUUAUAGAUAGCAAAAAAGCAAACACGGUAGAAGGAACCGAUCUUGAAAAAGCAAUUGAAAAUAUUAGUAAUAAAUUAGGUGUUAAAUUCAAUCGUGAAACUUUAUUAACCGAAAUAGAACCUAUUCAAACUGAAGAUGAAAUUAGUUUUAGUAAGAAAGUUGAAAGAAUGAGAAGUCAAUUGAAAAUUGAACAUAUGGGAUCAACUAAACAAGCUAAAGUAUUCACUGAACUGGUAAAUUCAGCAAGAAAUGCUCCGAAGGAAGAUAUAUUAAAGACAUUAACAACGAAGAAAAAUAAACCAAUUUUAACUCAACUAUACGACAUUUUGGGCUACGUGGGAACAUUAGACUCUCACACAACAGUCAUGAAAAAUCUUCAUUUCGACAAAGAAGAACAAAUUGAUUUCAGUGAAAGAUACCUUUGGGCAUUAUCGUUCUCUUCAAAUCCCAAUCUCGAUGUGAUAAAAGAUCUUCACAAUAAAUUUAACAAAAUCAAUAGCAUACCUGAAAAAGUCAAAGAAACUUUGAUUUUGACCCUGGCGUCAAUGACGUACAGAUUAAGCAAGACUGCUCAAGCCAAAUAUAAUAUUCAUCGUGAUGUAGAAGAAACAAUAAUCAACAACUUAGAUUAUGCCAAAAAUGAAGAUAAGUAUAAGUUCUUCAGAGCGUUGAGAAAUCUUAAAUCUGAAUCAACGGUACCAGUCCUCCUAGAAUACAUAAAAAAAGGUACACAAAAAGAGGGAGUACUAGCUUGGAGAGCUAUUAAAGACCUUGAUUCCAGCUCUACAAAUAAAGAUAUACUCACUGCAGCUGAGAAGACAUUUUUCCAAUUAGACAGGCGGCAUGACACGAGUUCUAGAACCAUUGCUGCUGAUAUUAUUUUGCAAUCUUCUCUAAACAAUGAACUACUAACAAAAUUAUUAAACUUUUUGACAUCUAAUGAUCCCGCUUAUGAAAUAAAACAAUACCUCUUUCAACGGAUCAAAAUGUUGGCAGAGUCUGAUUUAACAGUCAAAAAUAACGUAGAACAAAUCAUCAAAAGCAAUAAACACUUAAAUAAUUAUUCUGGGACCAAUCCACGAGGAUUAUCUAUCUCUCUUACUAGAAGAUUCCUCAACCAUCCUUCCAGUAAUGGCAGCUUAGUGACUGUGCAGGAAAUGAAGUCUGGUGUUAUUAAAAGAGGAACUAUCGAUGUGGUUAUUGAAAAAGAAGAAUUUUCGAAUGAAUUAUUUAGUCUUGGUAUAUUUUCUGGAGGUCUCCACACCUUCAUGUCUAGCGAUAAUGGAGGAAAUGAAGAAGCAGAUGAAGAAACUGCUACGGCGGGUAUAGAACUUACAGUUCUUGGCACACAAAUCAGACCGUUUGUCUUCUUCAGCGGUCAAGGUGAACUUAUGGGUCACGUUUGGUCAGGUACGGCUUCAGAAAGAACGCCCGCGUAUCAGGUUUUGGCAUUAUUACAUGAUCAUUUGGAGUAUAUUAGAUUGGGUUCUGGAUUUAUAACAAAUAUCAAUAUUAAAGGAGCCACAUCUAUGGAUCUGUCGGGACAAAUAGAAAUAUCUUUGUGGAACAGAAAUGCUGAAUCUCUAGUUCAAAAAGCAGCUGGAAUAGUAGUUACCGGAUCAAGCACCAUCGAUACUAUGUUUGUGAAAUCCCUAGUAGAAUUUAGUAGUUCUAUAGAACCUAAAUUAAAUCUACAUUCUGAUAUCGACUUUUCUUCGAACCUACAUCUUUGUAUGAGACUUACUCAACCCGAUGCUGUCUUUAGACAUAACAUUUACAAAGUGGAAAGGAUACCUGGCAGCAAACACAAAAUGCGAAUUUCAAAAUACCAAAAAUACAUUGUACCAGGAACAACGUACAAUAUAAACAAGAAAAACAACCAAAUGUGUAACGCGAUUUUUAGCUGACGAGUAAUCUUGUGAUUUUAAUUAUUAUUUUUUUUACCAUGGACUUGUUAACAAUUUUUUUUAAUGCUGUGUUGUAAAAAGACUUUAGUUUUAGUAGAUGUCUGCUCAAUAAAUUUUGUAAAUAAUAUUUAAUAUAUUAAUAAUUAUUUCUUA